AUGAGCGUGGUGCACCCCAUGUUCGACCUGAAUUACCCCAGGAGCCCCAUGCUCAACCUGCUCAAGCUCCGCCUGCUCACGCCGCCUGGCCUUCUGCUGAACUACUCGAAAAAACGCUCCCACAGCGACUUGGGCGCUGACUCGGAGCCCCAGCAUGAACUGACCAAACGGUCCAGAACGGCUCCACCUUCGCCGCCAUCGGCUCCUGCCACCGCCGUGCUUCCAAGCGCCGCUCUUUUUAAACAAACACCGCAAAGAGUGUCGCUUCCCAGCCUUUCCACUGCUUUGGAAAGAGCGAAGGACCCCAUUGUGCCCACAGUGCUGCUCGACUACUUCGACACAUACAAGCCGCACGACGAAAACUGGCGCUACGGGCUUUUGGAUCUGAUCAGAGCCAAACCGUCUUUUCUCAAUUCAUACAGCUACCUUGAGGCCCAUGCUCAUAAUAGGCCUGUGGAUGGAGGUGCUGGUUUGAAAAUGGCUGCGAAAAACGACACUGCAGCUACUACUGCGACACAGCCCAACACCCAAAAAGAGCCAGUCAAACUCCCACCCAUCAGUGAGCUUUCCCUGGGCGUGAAACCCCAUUUUGACUCCAGAAUCAGCAAGUCCUUGCCCACCCUCGCCGAGCGCAAAAUCAACUUUCCCUACGAGUCAAACUACACCUACCUCAACAAGACAUACAUGAACGACGUGGAACGGUACCCGGAAUAUCUUGAAUUGGCCCAAUCGCUUAUCCAGCUUUCUCGCCCCGCUGGCGCUGGCGCCAGCUACUACCAGCCAGAAUACAGACCGCCUGUGGCUACCGUGAAUACCGUUCCCUUCACCCCAGAAAACUCCUUCACGGAAAACGAGCCCUCGAGUCCGAAGAAGAAGCAAAAGACAAAGUUCAUUCCCAUCACCCCACCCUCGGUCAAGGACAAGUCUCGUUCGGAGCUCAUGAGACUGCCUCCUCGCCAUGGCCAGCAGGCUGCCAGAGUAUGCAUUUCCUGUGGAUCUGACCAGUCGCCAUGCUGGAGACCAUCGUGGUCGAUCAAGGAGGGCCAAUUGUGCAACUCGUGCGGCCUUCGCUACAAGAAGACGCUGGCCCGUUGCUUGAACAAAAAGUGUAAGAAGAUUCCAGCCAAAGGUGAGUGGCUGUUGAUGCAGACGAAGGGCAAAGCAGACUUUGGCGACGAAAAGGCAUACAGCUGUUUGGACUGCGGCUGGAAGGUCGAGGUGAAGUGA